CGCAUGCGCAGCGAGGACCGCUCCGAACAUUUUCAAAGCCGCUGUAAUAACCGCGGAGCUGGCCGGGCUGCCGGGCUCGUACCGGUGCUUGCGGCGUGUGCUAGGAUGGAGGAGGCCGAGGAGGUGGAGGUGCCUGAAUAUUACAGAGAAGAGGAGGACGAGGGGGGAGAGGAAGAUGGAGGAGGAGGAGGAGGAGGGAAAGAGUUCUAUGAAUUCCAGCCUCUGCCAACCCUGCUGGAGGAUGAGGAAAACGUCUCCUUGGCUGAUAUUUUGUCACUACGGGAUAACUGUCUCACUGAGCAGGACAUUUGGGCAAUCUGCCUGGAAUGCUGCUAUUCCAUGAAGGACAUCUCUCACGCAGCCAUCUUCCAGACUCUGUGUAUUACACCAGACACACUGGCCUUUAACACCAGCGGCAACGUCUGUUUUAUGGAGCAGCUUAGCGAUGAUCCCGAAGGCGCUUUUGUACCUCCAGAAUUUGAUCUGACUGGUAACACUUUAGAGGCACAUAUAUACUCUCUGGGUGCAACACUGAAAGCAGCAAUAGAAUUUGUGGUGGACCCGGAUUCACAAACGGAAUUCUGUCAAGAUUUAAACUUAAUGCUGGAUUCUAUGCAACAGGAGAACCCGGCAAACCGACCGGACAUUGAGAGCAUUAUAUCCCAGUGUGAAGAAAAGCUUGGCUGUUCCUCGGCAUCCGUAUGUCGAAGUAUCUCAUCCAUCGGGAGAAGGGUCCUCUCCAUAGAAUCAGUCAGCGCUGUACAAGAUGGCUGGGACAGUCUCUGGAAGGAGAUCAACAAAAAGGACAAUAGUAAUAAAGAACCUCCCAUUUCAAAGGGAAUGCCAAACCAUAUCAUCUCUGUUAAUGAAAGCUUCAUAAAUCCUAAUUCUACCUCAUCACGUGAAGGAGAAAUUCAGAACGGAUGGCGGGAAGUGGAAUUAAAAAUGGAUAAACCAUGUUCCUCUCCAAACUUUUUUGGCUACCACCUCAAGAAAAACAAACGGGAAAAGGCAAAAUUGCCCUCAUUUGAGAAGUUUGAGAACUUUGACAGGGUAAAGGUCGAAGAUGAAAUGGCGAAACUUUCUUUAAAGAGACAACGCAGAAAUAAAAACUCCACUGUGGUUAUCCAAGUUGACAAACACGCUUUGUCCCCGUCGCCACCAAAUGGAGAAUUGGUCACCUUAAAAAGUUGGCCAUCAGUUCCGAGUUGUUUGUCUCCAAAUGAAAGUAUGGAUGACCAAGACGAGUCUAGCAAUUGCCAAGGAUAUCAGUCAAAACACGUGACUUUUGACAAUUCCUGUCUCCCAUUGCCAAACAAUGCAAACUGUUUAUCCCCUCUUGGACAAUCUAAAUGCCAUUCUCAAGUUUCCUAUGAAAAUUUAGUUAUGGCUCUUGAACAGGAAAACCAGCACAUGCUAUGUAUGGAAAGUAAAAGCAGAUCUCUGGAAAAGUAUACAGAGUCUGAGGAAAUGGAUUGCCAAUUUGCACUGUUAAAUAGAACCCAACACAAAGUCCAUCAAACUCUGAUAUCGCCACCUCUUUAUCUGGAUGAUGCCGGCUCUGUGUCAAGACAUGUCAACAGUCCUGAGCUGGAUGAAGACAUUGAUGGGCAAGAGCCAAGUGCUUUACAAGAUGAGCAGCAGUGGAUUCCUCUUAAAGACAUAUUAAUAAAUUAUGGCAAGCCUUUACAAGAAGAUGAACUGUGGACAUUGUGUCAUGAGUGUCUGUGUACACUGAAGACCUACAUUGACUAUCCAGCCAUUUUAUGUCUGGAGUCAGUACUGCUCAGUAACAACGGAGAAGUCCUCUUUGUUACACAUGGAAAUGAAGAAUCGUAUGAUUCAUUUUGCGUUCCCCCAGAGUAUGGCCAUGAUUGCGAUGAAACUGGAACGGAAAAGGCUUGCGUUUAUGGGAUUGCAGCUAUUUUAUGGUCAACGGCGAAGUUCAAUUUCCCUGCUAAUCACAAGCUAGCGCUGCCGAAAAAACUCAAACGGUUUCUACUGCAGAUGGCAAAGAAAGACUCUGAAGAGAGACCAGGUUUAGACGAAGCCUUGCAGAUUUGCAGAAAAUAUCUACUCCAAAAGAAUCUGGAUAGUAAGGCAAUAUGGUCACACUUAAUCGGCUUUACAGAACAGAUCAUGCAAGCUCGUCCAGCUUCUGAGAUAUCUGCCUCUCACGUGUCAGAACCUUCAUCAGGUUUUGUGCCAGUUGCAACAAAUAGUAAACUGAUGGCAGUGAAAGGUCCGGUUCCACUGACUGAUCUGCCAGCUGCCUUUACAUCUCCGGCCACAUACUUUAAACCUAUUGUCAUCAUGCAGAACACAGAUGUCAACAGCAAUGAAGUUGUAAGUCAGAAAUCAUCCCCCAAAGAAAGCGUUAUUGAUAAAGAUCUGGUUAUUACGGAAGAGGAUAUUUGCGUGUCUGACAUGGAGAGCCAUAGAGAUGAGGAUAAAGAAGGUCAAAUUAGCAAAUCUUCCAGCAGAGCUUCAAGGACUUCCCAUAAUCGGCAUUCCAGCCUGACCGAGUACCCCUCAGAUCGCAAAGAAAAUGUUCCCUCUGCAGCUUCUUCCAUCUCCUCCAACUCUUCAACUCUGACCAACAGUCCGAUUGUCAACAACUAUCUCCUAAAACAAGACCCCAAGACGGGCAAUCUCACCUUAGUACGAGUACAUCUUAGUAUUCCAGAUCAUAUACCGAGUGUGUCUCUGGAGACCGAGCCUGUAUCCCAGAGCAUUAAGACACAUAAUUCCCCGGCAUCGGAAGAUAGCAAGAACAAGAACGAUAGCGAGGAAUAUGAGAAAUAUGACAAUGCUGUGGAUAUACUACCAACCUCCCAAAGAAUACUUAAUGGAAAUGACCAAGAAAAAAUACAGGAGAGCCAGCCAACUAAAUCAUUGCCUGUUGUAAAUGGGGAGACCAGAAAAGCCACAUCUACUCCACUGCAGAAGGUGAUCCAACUCUUACAUGAUGAAUUUGCAUUUGAUGGCUACUUAGAAAAUGGCAUUGAAGACACUGCAAUGGGGGAAUAUAUUCUCGCCUUGAAAGGUCUUCAGCAUGCUACGUUCUGCAGUGCAGUAUGUGAGAAGUUCUGUGAUCUCUAUUGGGAAGACCGUCUUCUGGAAAACUUGUACAGGAUUAUCAAUGGGAAAUCCCCCCCUCCUAGCAGAAAAGCCGUGAUUGAUUCUUCUCAGGACAAUAACCCUGCACAGCUUCUGAAAAAGAUUCAGAAGAAAGGCAGAAAACACAGAAAACAUGAAAAGUUGUCCACAAAUGAGCAGAGCAACAUAGAAGGGGAUGAAGACAAAACUAGAGCCAUGCCGACUAUUGUAGAACAAGAGGCCAAGCCAUUGCAGCCACCCCAUACAACAGAUGAAGAGACUCCGGUGAUGAAUAGCUUGACAGGUUCUGAGACGCAGGUGGCGACUGGCACAGAGACUCGCACUUCAUUCGAUGAGACAGAUAUGACUGAUUUCCAACCACAGACCACUGAAAAGGAUCAACAACCACAAAGCCCCCGAGCGGCAGCAGAAAAUGAAGAGGAAUUUAUGUACAGAGUGUUCUCAGAUUGUAACAGUUUGUGUGUGAGUCCCGAUUUCAGCGAAGAGAAUGAAGAUGCCAACGAGUUUUCAUCGGUGAAUCAGCGGGAGAACAUGUCCGUCUCUCCGUCCGAGGUGUACAAGUGUGGCUCAGGCUGGUCCAGUGCGUUUUAUGGGUCUGAAUUGUUUGAUCCUGAUGUCCAGCAUUAUGUCAGCAUACUUGGGAGGCAGAAAGAUAAAUGUCCCAAGAGCAUAGAACCCAAACGGCUGGAACUUGAACAGCAGCUUAUGAUCGAAACAAAGAAUUACAGGAAAACCAUUAAGCUCUACCAGAAUCUGAUGCAGAAGGGAAGGAGAAGUAAAGGUUCUGAUGCAAAGGAAUUGUUACUCAAGCUCAAAGGUCAUUCAGAAGAAAUGAAGUCAAAGGUGCAAUUCUUGGAGCUGGCCAAAAAAUUACUCCAGGUUUCUUAUGCAGAACAGUGGGGCGUUGAGCCACGUGACCUUCCUUCAGUGGCAGACCUUGCAGGCCAGAAGUCGCUGAGCUCUUCAGAGGAUGACGCCUUUCUUCUAAUAUAUAAUGACAGAGGUCAUAGCCGGGACAAUACAUCCAAAAAUUUACAAGCUGGAACACCUCUUGGAUUGCUUGCUUACCUCUACUGCAGGAAUGCUGUUUUGGAUGGGUAUGUGCAGCAGUUGCUCUACACUUUCCGAUAUUUCUGUUCCCAGGAAGAUUUGCUGCAGUUCCUUAUUGACGGGAUUAAUAACACAGUGCCAAGGGAAGACACAGACCCAGGCUGUUUGACUGCAAAAAUCUACCAUCGAUCGAUCAUCCUGUUACAAACUUGGAUUGAGGACUGCUGGCACAUUGACUGCUCUGUGAAUCCGGACUUGUUAGACAAGCUGGAAGACUUGAGCAACUCCCAGAGUCUUCCAAAAGAUGAACGUGGUGAACACCUGGUGUCAUUGCUGCAUGAACUGACCAAUAAGAAAUACACCAUUUCUUCUCCUGGCUCUGAGAAAAAGGAUGACACCAAAUCAUUACAUUCACUCUGCACCAAGUUUUCUGAGGAUAAUCUAUCCAGGAAGAGCUUUAACUGGAAACUCUCUAGAGGUAAUGGACUCCAUAUAACCCAUCACAGGGAUAAGCAGUAUACAAUAUCGGCAGCCUUACCUCGGCCAUGUUACCCUGGCUUUGUAGAAGAUCUGUCCACCUAUUAUGUGAAGGGAGAAGAGGCUGGGCCAUACUCUAUACACGAGUGCAGUGUUCAGCAGAUCUCAACUCAACUCACUUUACUCCAAGAGGAAAUGUUUCAGAAGUGCCAUCCUGUACAUUUCUUGAACUCUCGGGCACUAGGAGUUAAAGACAAAUCCAGCAAUGUGGCAAGAUCGUCGUUCUCGGAUUCUCUUCCAGCUGAUGUUAGCAGUCUGUUCUCUCUAACCUCUACACAUAAGUACCUGCUGCAUUUGUUAAGGUUUGCAGACAAUGUCAGUACGUGGGUGGCAGCGGAGAUUGUUACGUGUCACACAUCCAAGUUACAGGCAAACAUUUUGACAAAAUUUCUCCUUGUUGCAAAAUUAUCCUAUGAACAACGAGAUUUCUCAACAGCCAUGCAGAUCCUUGGAGGGCUGGAGAACCUCAUAGUCCGGCAGCUCCCGGCAUGGAAAAAUUUACCUUCCAAAGUUUCUGAAAUUCUGGAAGAACUAAAAGCUGUUGAGGUGUUUCUGAAGAGUGACAGCUUAUGUCUCAUGAAAGGCGACAGAUUCAGAACAUUGCCCACAAUUCCUUCGGCUUACCUCUUAGCGAUGCACGUUCAGCAGCUUGAGACUGGCGGUUUCACCAUGGCAAAUGGAGCAUUUAAGUGGAAUAAGCUAAGGAAUAUUGCAAAAGUCAUAAGCCAAGUUCACGCUUUUCAAGAAAUCCCAUACUCCUUUGCUUCAGAUCAAGAUUUUCAGUUUUACCUCCGCCAGCGCAUUUCGCAUUUCAACGAGGCCGAUAUCUCCGCUUUGGCAGCUGACAACAAUGCCAAUUUCCAUCAUGUAAACUCUGAGAAGCAUUCUCGUAAGAUCCAGGACACGCUGCGCAGAAUGAAGGCGACGUUUCAGUGAAAGCCAUAGACAGCACUUUACAUUUGUCUCCCUUCAAGAGAACCAAAGAGCAAGCUGUAGCUAAGGUUCCGCGUUCUGAUUGGUGGUCAGUGGUAUUGGCAGAUUAGCGGCACUGGUGAUUGAAGGGACACAAACACUUACAAAGGGCUCAUGCAGUAGAACAAUAUCUGUUCCCAGCCUUUCUUGCUGAGUAGAUUUUGCCCCAUUGCAGAGUGCAAUAAUUUCUAAAGCUUGCCUUGUGUGUGCAGGUGAUCAUGUCUGUGUGUUGGCCAAAUCUUCUAGAUCUCCCAUUUUGUAGUUCAUUGCCAUCCCUUAAGAAUGAAAUAAUUUUGUAAGGCCAAAAGUACUUUUCAGGCUGCACCUUUAACACAACCAGAUGUAGAUCACUACUGCAGCAAGAGGAAAGACCGGGGCUCCUAUAAGACGAGAGGGGUGAAGAUAAUGCAGGGAGCUAGGAAAUGUCAGCUGAAACUUGACUGGCUGCUAUGGACAGCUUGUUCAAGCAAACUGCAUUCAUGUGCCAGGCUUAUUGGUUCCUUAGACUCAUUUCUGUAAUUGAAGUGUAAGGGACCUUACUUCUCCGCUGCAUUUAAAGGCUAAACAUAUCGGGUGAUGUGAUAGGCACCCAGUGCAGUUCCUAUGUCGCCGCAUUUGCUGUGCGGUUAACUGCAGUCCAUUUUAUGGUGAAGAAGUAGCAUCUCUGGAAGUACUCUAAGGGUGUGUUCAUCCUCGUGUGUCUGGGAAUGCAUGUGUUUUAUGUGCUUUUGAUCAUGCGUUCAUACGUGUGCUUUUCAUUCAUUGAGCAGUUUGUGUAUUUUUCUGCAUGUGUUUUAUGUCUGUCAUUUUGGAAUGAAAAAAAAAAACAGUUGUCUGUUACUGUUAUUACAUGCACUUUGAAAAAAGCACUGCGAUGUGCGCGAUGCAUUUUUUACUUUCAUUAUAAGGGAGUGAAAGGCAU